AUGUUUAUAAAUUAUAUAAAUAUAUUCUUAAUUAUUUCGUCCUUUAAUGUAUUAAAGUAUAAUACUGAGGAAAAUAAUAUAAAAUUUUUUAAGAAUUAUAUCAAAAAUGAAGAAAACAAAUAUAUUUUUAAAAAAAAAGAAAAGUCUUUUAAGAUUAACGAAACAAAAUCAUAUAAAAAUGAGUUUAAUGAUAAAUAUUUGAGUAGAUUAAACAAAUUUAAUAAUGAAAACAAAUUUUUUGUAAGAUAUAAAAAAGAACAAUUGAAGAAAAUAAAUGGAAAAAAAAGAAUUGGAAAAAAUUUCUUCUAUUCCUUUACACAAUCUCGUUUAUCUAUUAAAAAUACGGAUAUGAAUUUAUAUAGUUCCUUACAAAUUCUAAUUGAUCAAUAUUGCUAUCCUUCUGUAGCAAGAUGUUUAGGAGGGAAAAAUAAAUGUAAAUGUGUUAACAUUUCAGAUUUAAAUAUGAAUAUAUAUUCUAAUUCUUGCUUAAAUAAUUGUGGUUCUCCUUCUAAUUGUCAUGGAUAUUCAAAUAAGGGACAUAAGAUUAUUCCAAAAGAAUUUAUUAUUAAUAAAAAAAUUUUAACAUGCGUUAUCUCAAAUAUUCAAAGAAGACUAAAUAACAUAUGUGGAAGAAAUAAAGUUUUUAGAUUUCAUGAACAAAAAGGAUAUUGUAUUCCUUACGAUUUAUUAGACUCUGAUAAAUCAGGUUACUACUGCAUUAAUGAACAUAAAAAAUCAGAAUUAUGUUGGGGAUAUUUUAGAGAUACUUCUAAGAAUAUAGAUGAUUAUCAUAUAAAUAAUAACGUUUAUUUUUAUUCUAUUAUGCAAGAUCCUUGUAAUGAAGAUAUUUAUGGAAAUGGAGAAUUAUAUAUAGGAUGUCAAGAUAUGUCUAUUUCUAAAAGAAAAUGUCUAAACUGGUCUUCUUUAAAUAUUCCAGAGUUAUUGGAUACUAAUCUCAUUCAUAAUUAUUGCCGUAAUCCUGAAAAUUUAGAUACUAUUUAUUGUUUUGUUAAAAAUAAGGGUUUUGUUGUUAGAGAAUAUUGUGAACCAAAACAAACUACCAUUUCUAAUGAUAUUAUUUAUUCAGAAAAAUCUUUAUCUGAUUUUGAUAUAACGAUGAAAAAUGUAUCUGAUUUUCGUAUAAAAUUUAUGAAAAACGAAUGCAAUAGUCCAAUAAGUGAUCCUGAUGAUCCUAAUAGAAGUAUUAUAUAUGACAAAAUGAAUUAUACUUACCAUGAGAUUGAUGGUGAAAUUGCACUAACAAUUACUUUCAAAGGUUUUCAGCAUAAAUAUAAUUCUCUUUCUAACAAUAAUUUAUCUAUUUGUGCAUGUCAUAGAGAUUAUUAUUUUGAUAUAAAUGUUAGCUGCUCACCCAGCUAUUUUAGAAAAAAAAUUGGAACUUUUAUAUAUUCGAAUCCUCUCUUUAAUCAAAAUAGUAACGUGUUUUAUAUAAAUAAAAAUAAAAAUUUCACACUUAAUGUAUAUGGAGUCAAUUUUAAAAAUGAAGCAUAUAUUUUUAGUGGAAAUUAUUCAUACGAAUGUAGUUCUUUAAUUGUUAUGUAUAAUUUUAAAGAUGGAUUAAAUAAAAUAUUAAAUAUAGAUAUUAAUAAAAAAAUACAAAAAAUAUAUCCUCCCCUAGAUUCUUCAAAAACAAUUUCUUUUAUCUAUGGAUAUUCUAAUAAAGCUUUAAAAUUAGAAACUUUAAUAAAUAAAAAUAAUUCAUAUAUAUUAACCAUGGAUAAUAUUAGUUAUAUUUCUCCUCAAAGAUUAACUAAUUUAAAAAAUGGAAAUAAUUUAAUAUGUAUCAAAUAUAAUAUAGAUGGAUAUAUAGGAUUUUAUUAUGCUGGGAAAAUAAUAUAUGAUGAUAGAAACUCUUCAGAUAUUAAAUAUCUUUUAAAAAAUGAAGAUUCAUACUAUGAUAAUUUUAUGUAUACAAAACGAUUUUACAAUAAUUAUGAUAAUCAUUAUUUUUCAUUUAGUGACGAUAUAUGUGAAAAACAUGAUAAUAAUACAUUAAAUGAAAAAGAGUUACAUGUCUCAGAAGUAGAUAAGAUAAGUAGAAUAAAAAACUAUUCCAUUUUAUAUCCAUAUAGUUAUGUUAAAAAUUAUUUUAAAAAUAAUUCAAGAUAUUUUAUGUUUUUUCCAGAAUAUCAAAAUGAGUUGUUAUAUAUUUUAAUGAAAAAUAUCCAAAUAAAAAGUCCAAUAAAUUACUUAUGUGAAAGAGAUAAUGAAUUCAAAAAUUCGAGCGCUAUAUCAUUAGUUCAUUAUUCUGACUUCCUUUUUACUUCAUUUAGCGAAUUUGCACAUUAUUUUGAAGUUUAUAAUGCACCAACCAACAUACAUAAUAGCUAUAUAAAAGAUGAAUUAUAUAACUUUAUCUCAAAUUUUUUUUACUUAAAAGAUUUAUUAAAUAUUUUUCAUAAAACAAAAAUAUUAUCUUUAUGGGCUCAUGAAAAUGAUAAUUAUGUAUCAUUAUGGUUCAUUUCAACUAAAGUUUUAACUCCUUUUUUUUUAAUAAAAUAUCAGAUAAGUUCACCAAGAUUUGCUUUUGCCGAUUAUAUAAUAAAUUCAAAAUCUUUGAUAUCAUUUGAUUUUUACAUUUUCAGUAUAAAAAAUUUAAAUAUUAAAAAGUAUAAUACAUAUGAUUUUUAUAACCUUAGUUUGAUAAUCGAUAAAAAAUAUCCAAAGCUACUAGAAGUAGUAAGUAUAGAAAUAUUUUCUCAUAAUAAGACACCUUACUUUUUAUUACUACUCAAAAACAAUGAUCUUAUCAUAUUAGAUAGAGAUUUAGUAGAAGUUCAUAUAAUUAAAGAAAAAGAAAAAUAUCUAAAUUUAAAACCUAUAAAAGUUCAAUGCUUAGAUACAGUAGAUAUAAUGUGCUUUAUUAUAUAUAGACUUCAUCAAAUUUUAUGGUUUAGUUUACAUUUUAAUUUAUUAAAUAUAUCCUUUAGUUCAUUAUCUUCAGGUGUUAUGCAAAAUAAAUUAUACAUUAAUUACAUUAAUGGUUCAUAUAAUGAUGAUUCAGAUCUAAGUUUUAUAAAAACAUCAAAUUCUAGCACCCUUAAUACACCUAAAUAUGAACACAAUAAAAGUGAAUAUAUGCAAAAUUCUUCCUUGUUUUCCAACAAUAAAAAAUAUAUAAAAACAAUAUAUAUGAAACAUAUAUAUUUAUACAUAGAAUAUGAUAAAGAAGUACUAGUAGAAACUCCAAAUAAUAUAACAGUAAUAAAUAAAUUGGAAGAAUAUAUUAUCUAUGUAUCUUUUAAAGAAUCUAACAAAUUACAUAUUUAUGCAACUGACAGAAUUGAAAAAACAAUUGAAUAUUAUAAGUCUAUAAAAAAUGAAGAUUUAUCCAAAUACAGAAUUAAUUAUACCUUUAGUUAUUUUUUUAGAGAUAAAAAUUUUAUAAAUUUUUUUGUAAGUAAGGAAGGGAAAAAUGAUGCUAUAUGUUCUUUUGUACAUGAAAAUUCAAGUAGAACAGAAGUAAUUUAUAAACCAAGAGAAUGGUAUAUAUAUAAUAAGAAUAUUGAAUUAAAACCUAUUAUUAAAGGGGACAAACGACAAAUUCAAUAUUUUAGUAUACGUUAUAACAAUGUUUUAAAAGGCCAAAAUAUCAGUAUCAAUAAAAAGAAAGGAAUAAUUCAAAUUCAAUUUAAUAAAAUAAAGAUGAUGAAAAUAAAAUUACAUAUUUUAAUGUAUGGUUUAUUUCAUAUAUAUGAAACAUAUGUUACGUUUAAUAUAGUUUGCGAUGGAGGAAAAUAUUAUAAAGAUAAUGAAUGUCAUCCUUGUGAGAGAGGAUAUUAUAAUAAUUUGAAAGAAAUUAGAAAAAAUAUAAGUUAUUAUAAAGAAUGUAUACCUUGUCAAAAAAAUAAAACUACCUCUAUAGAAAUAGCAACAAGUAAAAGUGAAUGCUUAUGUGAUUUAGGAUAUGAAUACAUUAAAGAUCCAAAUAAUCGCAAUAAUUAUAUUUGUUCCCCUUGUCCUAAAGGAAAAUAUAAAAACACCAUAUCUAAUGAGCUUUGUCAAGGAAAUGGUUGCAAAGAAAAUUCCACUUCGUUUGUUAUUGGAGCAAAAAGCAUAUUAGAAAUUACAUGUUUAUGUAAUGCAGGAUAUUAUUUAAGUUAUGAUAAUUCUGGUUCAGAGUCCUGUCAAAAAUGUUUACCUGAUUAUUAUUGUCCAGGAAUAUUAUUAGGAAUACAAAAAUGUCCACCAUAUAAUAAAACAAUUCCUGAUAGUACAGGUAAUCCUGUAUCUAUGGAUAGCUGUUUUUGUAAAAAGGGAUAUGAACCAAUUAAUAUGAAUAGAAAGAAAAAAAAAGGAUCCAGAGAUUGGCAUUAUUAUAAAUUUUUUUUUAAUAAAUAUAAUUAUAAACAAGAUCAAAUAAAUCCUCAACAUAUUUGCAUGGAAUGUGAUAUAGGGUAUUAUAAAGAUACUAUAUCUUUUGAACGAUGUAAAAAAUGCCCCAAAAAUUCUACAAACAGAACUUACGGUUCUACUAGUAUAAAAAAAUGUAAUUCAUGCUAUAGUGGGUAUUAUAAAAAUUUAAAUAAAGGUUGUUCAAAAUGCUUGCCUAAUCAUUUUUGUGUUGGUAGCUUUCCUAAAAAUGAUUUAGUUCAGUAUACAGGAGACGCUGUAGUUUGUCCUAACAAUUCUAUUACUAUAGAACCAUAUGAAAAUAAUGCUUCUUUCAAAAAUUGCUUAUGUAUAAAGGGAUAUGUUAAAAAUUCUCAAGAAUCUUAUAACUUAAAUGAACAUUGUAAACCAGUACCUUUAAAUUUUUAUAAAGAUACUGUAUCUAAUGAUUUAGGGAAACCUUGUCCUUUAAAUAGUAUCACUUUGAAAGUGGGAGCUAAAUCAAUAAAUGAAUGUAUAUGCAAUAAAGGAUAUUAUUAUAAUGAAACAAUAAAUGGAUGUGAAGAAUGUCCAAUAGGGUAUUAUUGCCAAGAAAAAAAUAUGAAAACUAAAUUUAUGAAACCUAAAAAAUGUCCUAACAAUUCUGGAAAUACUAAGAAAGGGUUACAUGAGAUAAGAAAUUGUCAAUGUCAUUUUGGUUAUGCUCCAAAUAUUCAUAUAAAUAAAUUAUUAAAUGAUCAAUCAUUUGAGGACAAUGAAAAAAGCCUCUUAUCUUUUUCAAACAACUUUGUAAAUAAAUUGAAUGAGAAGAACAUAAAAAAUUUAAAAAAUCUGAUUGUUUCUAAAAAUAACAGUAAUGGAAAUAAAAAAAAAAAUGAAAAUCCUUUUUAUUCUAAUAAACUAUUAUUAUGCAUUAAAUGUCCUCCUUCAACAUACAAGGCAGUGAUAUCAAAUGAACCAUGUGAUCCAUGUAUAAAAAAUUCUAACACUUCACAAGUUUUUAAUAAUUCUGAUGCUUUUUUUUGUUUGUGUAAUCCAGGAUAUUAUUUAGAUCAGCAAACAUGUAAGCCAUGUUCUUUUAGUAAUUUUUAUUGUGCAGGAGAAAAAAUAUAUAUAAUUACAGAAGAUAUUUAUAACGAAAUAAUUAAUAUUAUUAAAAAAAAUAUCUCUACAUUUAGUGAUACAAAUAAAAAUGCUUUUGUUAAUUCUAUUAUUUAUAAAUAUGAUAAAAAAAAUUCAGAUUUAAAUAUAAAAUAUGUCCUUAAAGAAAGAAAUCCUUUUAAUUUUUAUAGUUCUAGCAAAAUACCAUCUAUCAUUCAAAAAUAUAAUGACAGUAUUGAUAUAUCAAGUAGGAAAGACCUAGAAUUUUUAAAUGAGAAAAAAAAUAAUGACAAUUUAAAAAAUAUUUUAAAAAAAUUUUUUCAUAGAGAUCAUGAAAAUGUUAUAUAUGCAAAAUACGAAAAAUUCGUAAAAUGCCAAACAAACACAAUAAUUCCAUUAGGUGUAGAUUCUUCGCAUAAUUUUGAUGAUUGCAAAUGUGCCAAAGGAUAUUAUUUAGAGUCAAAAGAUUUUUCUAAAUCUAUAAAAAUAUGUAAACCAUGUAAAGAAGGUACAUUUAAAAAUUAUGUUGGAGACGAAAAGUUUUGUGUUUCUUGCCCCCCCAAAUCUACUAGUCUUGAAGGAUCCAUUUAUCCUACUCAUUGUUUCUGUAAAGAAGGUUUUUUUUAUAGUAAUGAAAACUGUUUAGAAUGCUUAGAAGGAGCUACAUGUAAGGGUGGAUUAUAUGAAAAUACUAUGAAAAGGAUUCAAUUAAAUAUUGAAAAUAUUUUGAUUACUAAAGAAGAUCAUGUAAAGCCUGAAUCAAAAAAAGGUUAUUUUUUAGAUGAAAGUGUAAUUAGUUUUGUAGAUGUUAGUGAAUGGAAGUUUAUUAAAUGUCCUAUAAAUGGAUCAUGUCUAGGAAAAAAUAAGUGUCAUUAUACUAUGAAUAAUUAUUUUUGUGUUGAAUGUACUAAAGGAUAUACAAAUAGCUUUAUGAGGUCUCUAUGUGUAAAAUGUCCUAAUAAUACUGUUAAUAUAAUCCUUCUAUUUAUUAUUUAUGUUACAUUUUGUUUUAUUAUUAUAAUUAUAUCUUAUUUAAAUAUAUCUUCUGGAUUUUAUAGAAGAUCUAUUCAUUCUAUAGUUAUUAAGAUUGCCGUUAAUUAUAUUUCUUGUAUGUUAGUCAUUACAGUUUUGAAAGAAAAUAAUUUCCUAUUACCAUCAUUUGUUCUUGAUUUUUAUAAAAAAAUAAAUAAUUUAAUGAAUAGAGGUGAAAAAAGAAAAAUUGUAAGUGUGGAUUGUUUGUUAAGACAUUAUUUUAAUUUGAGUUAUAGUGAUUCCUUCUUUUACACAAGUUUAAUAUUUUUUCUCAUCCCAAUUCUUUUAAUUAUCUCAUUAACUAUAAUUUUAUUUAUAAUACUAAAAAUAUAUAGACUUAUAAAAAAAAAAGUAAUUGCGAAUAGAUUAGACUUACUUAAAGUAGCUAAAAAAGAAAAAAUAUUCUUUUUAGCUAAUUCUUUAGAAAAAUCAUACUCAAAAGAAAGAUUUAUCAUGAUACUGAGAUAUAUAAAGCUAGAUCAUCAUACAUUUAUGGAUAGGAUACUGAUAUUUUUUGAAGAUAUGAUUCCUGUAUAUGUGACUUUUUUAUUUAUUAUACAUGCUAAAACAUCUUUAAGAAUGUUUCAACUAUUUGACUGUUCUUAUAUUAAAUAUAGUAACAAUUCUGGAAAAUAUAUAUUAAGUAGAGCUAGCAGUGUUCAGUGUAACUUGAAUACAGAAUAUUUCAAAUUUUUCAUAUUGGGAUUAUCGGGAACAAUUGUAUGGUCUUUGGGAAUACCUUUAUUUUCUUUUUUCGUUUUAUAUAUAAAUAGACAUAACUUAUUUCAUGAAAAUAUUCGUAUAAAAUACGGAUUUUUGCAUAACGGUUAUUUACAUAAUAGAUGGUAUUGGGAAGUUAUUGUUUUUAUUCGUAAAAUAAGUGUACUUUUCAUUACAACUGUUAUUAUAUUUCCAAAGGAUGAAACUAAUGCAUCUAGAUUAUUACUUAUUACUUUUGUGGCUGUUUUUUCUUUAUGUGUUCAUUUUAUUUUUCAACCAUUUGAUAAAAGAAAUUUCUUUACUUUAAAUAAAUUAGAGAACUUUAGUUUAUACAUAUGGGUUUUUACCAUUAUUAUUAUUUCUGUUUUAUUAUCAGUGAAUUUAAAAGAGUUGCUUAAUUUCAUUAUUUUAUUUUUCUUGGUUAUUCUUCAUGUUAUUUUCAGUGUUAAACUUCUAUUUUGCCUAUUCUAUGAAUGUGUGGAAAAUAUAAGAAGAAAAAAGACAUGCUAUAAUGUACCCAUUAUCGGUUCGUAUGCCAAAUUAUUAGGAGAUAUUGUAGAAAAAAAAAAAAAACUAGAACCUUUAAUUUAUUAUGAUAAAAUCUCUAAAAGAAUUGCUAUUAUUCUUCCAGAAUGUGUUAUAAAAAAAAAAAAAAAAAUCAAAAAUUUUGCUAAAUCAUUUCGAGAUAUUUUUAAAGGUUUAUCUCAUUUUUACAAGAAAAAAAAAGGAUAUAAGCAAUUAAAAAACCAUUUGGAUGAAGUACAAGAAGAAAACCAAGAAAUUCCAAAAAAUCCUAACAUAAAAAAAGAAAUAGAUAUAAAAAAUAAAUAUAUGGCUAAAAAUGGAAAUGUGAGUGAUGAUCAAUAUUAUGAUAAUGAUUUAUUGUUUGAAGAUUCUAUAGAAAAUCAAAGAAUACAAUUUUGUUCUUUUUUAAAGAGCACUAAUGUUUCUAUAUAUGGAAAUAUUAACAAAGAAUGUAGAAUGUUUGCUAUUGAAAUUUAUAAAGAAUUAUUUGGUAUAUUUUUAAAAAAUGUUACUUUAACUUAUGUUUCUGAUAUGUUCUUUGAAUUUAUAUUUAAAAUAUCUAUUAAUAUAGGAAAUUUAAUCGAUAAUCUGGAUCAAAAAGAGAAAAUAUUUGAAUCGUUAAAUGAAGAACAAAAUUAUGAUCACAUUAUUCAGUGGUCAUUAGAAAGAAAAGAAAAAUAUAAUGAAAAUAAAAAGUUAGAAGAAAGUAAAUUAAUUUUUUAUAAAAACAUGAAAUCUAAUUACAAAAUACCUAAAGACACUUCAGAUGUUUUUCAAUUCACUUUAUCAUUUUGUGAUGAAAUGGGAUUAGAUGAUUCAAAUGACUACCUAAACAAAGAGGAGAAAAAAAAAACAAAAAAAAAAAUAUAUAUCUCUAAGAAAGAAAAAGAAAAAUUAUUUUCUUUUUUUAGUGAUGAUCUAUUAAAUAAGAAAAUUGCAUUAUCAGAAUUUUAUUUUAUUCUCAUAGAAUUAAAGUUAAAAUAUUUUAGUAAUUUACCUUCCUGUUUCUAUAUGUUCAGAAUAUAUAAAAAAUUAGAAAAAAAAUAUGAAAGAAAGAAGUUAAGAAAAUUAGAUGAAAAGUUAAAAAAAUGUUUAAAUAUUAAUGAUGAUGAAGUAAAAAUUGAUGGAGAAAAUUUAAAGUUAAAUGAGAUAAAAGAAAAAAUACCACUAUUAUAUAAAGAAUUUAAGGAUCUUUCUAAUAGGAUUGAACAAUUAAAAUAUGAAUGUAUUAGCUUAAAUAAAAAAGAUUCUGAAAAAGAUUCAAGUGAAGAUGUAAUUACAGAUUUAGAGGAUAAUAUUUCUUUAUCUAGUCAAGAUACAUUAGAAAGUAACAUGUUGAUAUAA